GAAAAAAUUGUUUCCCUCCUCCCAAACUCAAGCCUCUUUGCUUGAGCGCGCGCGCGCAUGCACAACACACACACAAUGGCGCCCUCGCCGUUGCUGUACCCUCGUGAAGUCACGAGCUCGUUUCUCGACUCUUUCUUUCUCUUGACACGCUGCGUUGCACUGCAUUGUCUCGUCGCUGCGUCGUCGGCCGAGCCAUGCGGUUCCUCUUCAUCCGCCACGGCGAGAGCGUCGACAACGUCGCUGGCGUGUACGCGGGCUCCCGCGACUCGCCUCUGACCGCGCACGGCGUCCUGCAGGCCCGUCGCCUGGCGCCCCAUCUGGCGGAGAGCGUCGAUGCCGAGAGCCCGCCUCUCGCGCACGUCUUCUCGUCGACGCUGCGCCGCGCCGUCAAGACGGCCCAGGCCAUCUGCGACGCCCACAACGAGGAGCGCCGCGGCGACGGGCAUCAUCGCUUACCCGUCGUGCAGGUUCCCGACCUGCGGGAGCGUCAUUUCGGGUCCCGCGAGGGCGUCAGCUUCCGCUCCGGCGCCGCAGCUCCUGCUGCACCCGAGACACGUACUGGCCAUGACGGCGCGGAGACGACGGUCGCCAUGAAGCGUCGCGCAGACGCCUUCCUCGACGACUACAUCGUGCCGUUGCUGUCCUGCGAUGCAGACGAGCCCGUCUCCUGCGCAGUCGUCGCGCACGGCAUCAUCCUCGGCGUUCUCUUCCGAGCGCUCGUGGAUCGCUUGCCUCGCGGCACCGUGGCCCUGCCCGUGGAGCAGCAACGCAACGGCCUCGUCGUCGACGGCGCAGGCGAUGGUGCUCCUCCGUUCGUCCUCCCCUCGUGGAGCAACACAGGCUACCUCGACUUUGUCGUGUGCAGCGCGCCCGUCCCGCUUACUCCGUGUCUGGACUCGUCGCUUCCGCUGCUGCUCAGCAUUCGGCGCGUCAACUGCACCGAUCACCUCCGUGGCCUGCGCAAGACGCGCGGCGGCAUCGGCAGCGCCGCCUUUGACGAGCGGCAACGCACCGUAGACAGCUUCUUCUCUCGACCGCCUCCGCCGCCGCCGCCUUGACGCAGGGCCUGUGUUUCCAAUGGUAUCUCGGCUUUCACGCCUUCAUGCAGGCGAUUCGUCGCGUCUAUACUCUACUCUAUUUACCAUAAGUACUCGUGUGAUUCAUCAUGUCCGUAGGCAGACGGGGGACAUCGCCAUCUAAAAAGUGCCCCCCACGUUGCUCCUUGUCCACCGUACAAUAAUACAUUUAUACAUCCGUGCUCGUCUCGUCACGGCCCGUAAAGACC